CGUUAUAAAUGUUGUAAUAAGGCUUUUUUAAAACAUACUGAUCAACAACUACUACAAGUUCAAGUAAAAGCGGCACAUUUUUCAACAAUUACUGUUCAAUUCCACUUAUCAAACCUCGCUUGUAAUAUCAUUUUCAAUGCCCCAUUUCAUUUUAUAACCUCAAAAUGUCGUAUUCUCUAGCGAAAGUGGUAAAUUUUUCCAAGUCCGCUUUGCAAACGUUUACUAAUGUUGACCAGAUCGGAAAUGUCGAAGGUAACAUUGCGAAAAACCAACGAGUCACCGACGUUAAAGGGUUACUUUCAGAAUUGGUGACGCUGGGAGGUGUGUUAUUGGACACGAAUUUCAGUUGGUUGGCCAAGGGCCCCUGUUUAGAGAUACGCAACAACAAAAACGGUCGUAAAAUAGGUGCGUGGACCUUUGGUAACAUUGUGAGGGAUUCCAAUACUCAAAUUGUAUGUGUUGAUGAAAUUAAGAAGCCUCGAUUACCAUUACUGGCAGUGGGCAUAAAUUGUGAUAUUAGUGGUGGGCUUGUGUGCAUUUUUGAUGUGUAUGGUUCCAAAGUCAUCAGAAGUAUACAAGUUAGUGAGAAGGUAACAAGUUUGCAUGUGGUUGAUGCAGGCUUGGAUGAUUUAAAUUUGAGGGGGCCCCUUAGAAACUUUGAUGGAAUACUGGCUGUAGGGACAGAACAUGGCAAUGUCUAUCUGAUUGAUAUUUGUAGGCAACUAUGUGAAGAAGCACUACAAAGGAUCAACUCAGUGAUUAGAGAUGAAUUAAAUCCAAGCCAGUUGGUUAUUCUAAACCCCCAAGAUGUUUCAAGGAUUGAGUACUACAAAGAACUGUCAGUUAGAGAAGGGAAUCACUUAGCCAUCCACUUAAAUGUGGUGCUCAACAGAAAGACAGAACACUUUACCUUAAAGGGUCAAAGGGGUGAUGACAAACUAUAUGUGAACAAGGAAGAAGUCUUAACCAGUUCAUUAUUUUAUUGCCCCCAGUUAACAUCACUUCUGGUAGGUUACAACUUUGGUGCAUUCCAAUUGUGGAACUUGUCAGAACUAACAUUGGUCUACACAUCACCAGUGUGUGAUGAACACAUGCCCAUUACUCACUUUUGCAUCCAAGAACCAGACAAUGAUCCCAGGGCAUUUUGCUAUAUUUGGGUUGUUUAUAACAGAAAAGACCUGAGCAAGGAUCUACCUUUUGCUGUCAUGUACUCUUUUAGUUAUGAUUCAAAGGAUUAUCAGGAAGGUUAUGGCAAUUUAUAUCAGGAUUUCCAGCACUGUGGUAUCAGGUUUCAAAUAGAGCUAGGCGUGGUUGAUGAUAACAAAAAGAGUAAGAAAUUGAAAGGUGGAUACUGCACUGGUUUGGAAUCAGUUCAACACAAAUUAAAUCUGCACAAUUUUAAUGAUGAAUCAGACACAUCAAUGGCACUCUGUCUGAUAAGUUGGACAAUUAAUUUUGAAAAAGAGGCCCAAAGUUACAUGUUGAUUUUUGAUCUCAAUCAAUGGUACAAAGAGCAAAUGCCUGCCACACCAAAAUUAACAGCAUGUUCCAACUAUAUAUCAAGAAUCAAUCUUUCAAACAUAUUAUCUGUACAGGCACCAGGUCCUUUGAUAAAUUUGAGAAUUAAUCAGAAAACGUUGUCACAAUUUAUUGGGACGCAAAGGCUUGAAGAACAUUUCUUCCCUUCAUCUUUAACCUAUGAUGUGGUUGGAGUGCAAGAACGAAGGGCAGCACACAUCCACUGUCACGGCCUUCAAAAGGCACUUCUAGCUCACAUUUCACAGGCUGGCCCCAUAACUCUUUUAAGGCCUGCUGAUAUAUUCCAACAGAUUUUAGCUUUGGGCAUGUUUCCACUGUUUGAAGAGCUUCCACAUUCACCUGCGACAACAAAUCUCCAGCGGGAUGUGGUCCUGGACGUCUGUCUGGAACACCAGAUGGUAAAUUGGCUGUGCAAUGUGGCAAAAGAAUGGGCCAAUGGCAGUUUUUCAGCUGCCGGUUGUUCACUAGACGUUCUGAUUAAUUGGGCAUUUCAACGGGCCGUCGUUUUGAAAAGCAACGCAGACAAAUACUGCGCUACACUAUUCGACUACUCGGAAACUAAGCUAGAUCAUAACACUUGUACGCUUUUGAACGUCUGCACUAAACAGAUCAACAAUUUGUGUUCGUUUUAUAAUUUUUUGCUUGCAAAGGUUGGAAAUUAUUUAUCAAAUACUGAAAUUGUUACGGAGCAGUAUAAGUGUUUGCAAACUGUAUCUGUGUACUUCGACGUACUUCAGUGGCUUGUAAACGUGGGUUUGUUACCUGAGUGUCCUCCGUCCACUUACCCAAGGCCGGACCAGGCCGAAAAAAUCAGUGCUCCUUACCCAGUUGAACAACUGACUGAUUAUUACAACAAAAAACGGGCGUUGAGACAUAAGGCCACGGAAGGCAUGUGGACGGGAAGCGACAGUCUCCUAUUCGUCGACAACUUAAUCGCCCACAAGUGUGGCGCAGAACGUCUACAAAAGCAAUGGCAAGACGACGGAGGUAGCGGCCUAUAUCCGCCACCGUCUUUGCAGUCGUUGCUCAGGACGUAUCUGGUGGAAGGCUCAGACAUAGCCCACAAGCAUUGCCUGGUCAUUUACGUAUUCUUGGAUAUGGCCCGCACUUUGGAACAGGAACGUUACGACCCUGUUAUCACACGUUUAAUUAAGUUCCCAGCUGUUUUUAAAGUCAGCAACAGUUUGAUUAAGAUAACUGAGGCGUUCUGGCAGUUAGAUCACGGGGAUUAUUCGACUGCUAUGGAACAACUGUUGGAUCCUUUUGUGGAGAGCAGUGACUUGGAACACUGGCACCAUAUUGUUGUGUUGCGUACUUUGCUAUUAGAUAACCAACACCAUCUAGCUUUAUUGUACAUGCAGAUUCGAAAACCAUCAAUUGUUGACGAAAAAGACGUGUUCACUGCAAUCAGUCUCUUUAUCGCCAACAACAUGUUAGACGAAGCAUUCUAUUUCCAAAAGCAGCACCACAACAACAACGAAGAAAGGCUUCUAAUUCACUUGUUCCAAGAGUGUAGUAAAAACGAAAUUUUGAGGGCCUCGCUGAACCGUUGCCUGAGCAACAACGAAGAGAAAGCCUUCUUCAAUUACCUGAAGCAAAUACGGGAUCCAAACAUGGACGACCUGCAAGUCUUUUAUUUCCUGCUCAGGUCUAGGUUCGUCGAAGCGUUCGACAUACACCAGAACUCCAAAAGGGUGCGACCCGAAUGUCAGGGUUUGGUGGGUCAAAAGAACGCCUCAAGAACGGACAACAUAGUCAAGUUUUUCAAGAGUUUACUGCCUGAUGUGAGCAGGAAUCUCGUCGACGUGGUACGCAAAGAACGUUCCAACCUUUGGAGGGAGGUUGAGAGGCCAACCCCUUUGUCGGUUUUCGUGCACAACGUCAACGAACAGGUGCAGUACAAGUCGACGGUGAUCCACGCCGCCUUGGCCAAAGCUAAGCAGACUUUCAACGACCUAGAUGUAACCGUUUACAAAGAUUUAACCACUGAAGAAACACCGUUCCUUAGGACGCCCAAAGCUUUCCCCAAUUAUUCAAGGCGCCAAUCGUCGGUAAUCAAUCCGACCAUCAUCUUCGACGAGGAGUUCACACCCACACCUUCGAAGCGUAUGAGGUUGAGUUCUAGACCUCCCACGUCAAGCCCGACGAAGUCGCUCAGCCCCACAGUACACAGCAAAAUGCUCACGCCAUUGGUCAAGAGGAAGGUGUCAGAAGGACGAAGAUUCUCGGAUAAACACGAAGUGGCAACUCCUCAGAGUAUUCUCAAGGUUAAAGCAAAUGACACCACCUACAACCACACAUUUAAUGACACCACCGACAUUAUUCAUCGUAACGCUUCGAACUCCAUUUUGGGCAUAUCCUCACGUCAAUCCCUCAAUCGCACACCAAGCGUAAGAUUUGACGUGGCCAAUUAUUCGUCGUCCUUAAACGACAGCAGUCAAGAACUGGACGAGACUUCACUUAGAAUUGACAGCAAACAAAAAUUAGAUUUCAUAGAUAACACCACAUUGCACGCAUCGGUUUCUUCCAAAGACACCACCUCAUCAUCGGAUGUGUUCUACUCGCCAGACGCUUCAGUCAAUGAGUCGUCCAAAACGGACGACAGCAAACGAGAGUCCAUCGUGACUAUCGACGACUCCAAAUUACCAAUCGAAGUCUCCCAUGUGGAACCACCUGUUCCCGAAUCGGAGGAAACUAGGAUAAUUUUCCCAGAGGAGCCUCUCAACGUGACCUCUUCCCCAAGAGGCAGGAGAAGCUACAAAAGAUCACUUGGUGAGACGCCUCCAGUGCGUUCCAGCCUCCGGCAUCAAGAGCCGAAUGACGAGGGAUCUUCACCUCUAGCCAGCGAGAGCCCCAUCACACCGGUACUUGCCGACUCACCGAAAAUUGAAAUAACCAACAACGAAUCACCACGAGUCGGCAGAGUCCGAGGACGCAGAUCGUUGAGCAGACAAGUCCUAGAAAACAACGCCUCCAAGCUGUUACCAACAUCAGAAGUCUCAAUGAAACGAAGCGUAACCAGAGAAACAACGACCACCGUAAAAGAACGCAUCGACACGGCUAAGUCGUCGGAAACCACGGAAAUUAACACCGAAACUUUGGAAAAAACCGAAGUACGUUACAGAUGCAUGCCAUCUCCUAGGCGGAGUUUAAUCAACAAGAGCGACGUUAAUAACUCAUACACGACCGACUCGAACGCUUCUUCGCCGGCCGGACUAACUAAAUACGUGUACGACGGUCCGGAACUGACUGCGUCGGUGCUCAAGUGUAUUUUCGCCAGCAAAAGUAAUAAAUUGUAUCACAGUAGUGACGCCAAUGAGGAGACUGAUCUGUCUAAUAGCGGGUUCGAUGAACUCGAAGAAAGUGUUGUGAACGAGACCGUUGGGGAUGAACGAGAUGGAAAUGUUUCUGAGAUGGAAGGUGUUAAUAAGGAUGCGUCGAUGAAAGACACGGCUAAGUCGUCGGAAACCACGGAAAUUAACACCGAAACUUUGGAAAAGACCGAAGUACGUUACAGAUGCAUGCCAUCUCCUAGGCGGAGUUUAAUCAACAAGAGCGACGUUAAUAACUCAUACACGACCGACUCGAACGCUUCUUCGCCGGCCGGACUAACUAAAUACGUGUACGACGGUCCGGAACUGACUGCGUCGGUGCUCAAGUGUAUUUUCGCCAGAAAAAGUAAUAAAUUGUAUCACAGUAGUGACGCCAAUGAGGAGACUAAUCUGUCUAACAGCGGGUUCGAUGAACUCGAAGAAAGUGUUGUGAACGAGACCGUUGGGGAUGAACGAGAUAAAAAUGUUUCUGAGAUGGAAAAUGCUAAUAAGGAUGCGUCGAUGAAAGACAGCGACGUUUCUGCCACAUCCACCACAUCCAAUAAAUCGGCGUUUGAUUUCAACAAGUACGUCUAUGAAGGUCCCCAGUUGUCCGAUUCCAUUAUUAAAUUCAUCAACAAGCCAAGCCAACAAGAUUCAAAUGCUAAAGAAUCGUCUGAAGAUUUAUAUUCGGGUUUCAGCGAAGAUGAUGAAGAAUCUAAUGAACAUUCUAGAGAAUCGAAGACGCAAGAAGACUUAAGCAAUAAAUCAAACGUUAAAGGUUCACAACCAGACACAUACAGCGAUUCCUCCAACGAAAGCAAAAGUAGCUUGUCAAACAGUGGAAGCUUAUCGACACUGGGUUGGAAUAAAGAUAAAGUAAAUAGAGCAUAUUUAGAUGCAUCAAUAUUAAAGAGUGAUGUGAACACACCACGAAAAACGGCACCAUCCGAUAACGACGUUAUUGAAAUAGACAGCUCCAAUGAUAGUAAAUCGGAAGACGAAGCCAAUCCAUUAAACAAUGCCUUCGAAAACGUCGACGAAAACAGUGUUGAUCAAACAGAACCGAUGGACUUUGAAGAGACACACGUUAACAAAACGGACGUGUUCAACUGCGGUGUAAUCGGAGAUACAGCCGUCAAUUGUGCGGAGGGGGAAGAUGAGGCGAAUGAAGGGAAGGAACUUGAAGUAACCAAUAGCCAAGACAGCAUAGACUCCUCGGAGCCUGUUGACGGAAAUACCACGAUAACAGUAACCGCCGAAGUCCACGAGGUUUCCAGACCGGCUUCAAGAUCCAGACGAAAGAGUUCCACGGACAGCGUUAGCGAAAGACGCAUCACCAGACGUAGCAGUUUGUUGAUGAACGACAACCAGAAUGCGGACACGCCCAGCGUUUUGGAGGAGAUCAGGGAGGAGGAAAAAGUUGAUGAAGCUAACGAUGUGGGGGAGAACACACAAGUAACCCAAUCACCAGGACGUCGCCGCAGUUCUGUUGCUCCCAGGACACCCACCAGAAAAUCCCUUCGCCGUGCCUCCGAAACAAACGUAGACGUCGAUGAGCCUCGCACACCCACGAGGAGAAGCCUGAGGAGCACCAGCGUGGAUCAGAUUGCGCAGGCGCAGUCGCGCAGAAGGUCGUUACGCAGCGCCAGCGUCGACGAACGUGAGAACGUCGAACCGAAAAUGUCCGUCGAAGAUGCGGAACAGACCGACAAAUCCCCUUCGAAACCCAUAAGGAGGACCAGGUCCGCUUCAACAAAUUUGGAAUCUGAUGUGACUAAGUCGCCUUUGCGCAGGAAUCGGCGGGGACUUUCCGUCGAUCAUAUUGAUAGUCCCGUUACGGGAAUUAAAACGAGACUUAGGAGGCAGUCGACGGACUCGGUGCAGUCGAACGUCAGCGAAAUGUCCGAUGUGCCUUCGCCACCUAAGAGAAAUCGGCGUGCGAGCGAGGAUGGGAGCGUGUCCGACCCGCAGUCCGUCAGGACCACCAGAAGUCGGUCUUCAUCUAUGUCAUCCAUUAUGUCAGAGUCUGACUUGUCAGUAAGACGAUCCACCAGGACUAGGAAACCUUUCAAAACUGAUUUGCCGGAAAUAUCCGAGGAGAAAGCCGAAAAUACUGAAACUGGAGACAAGCAAUCUAGGAAACGAGGCCGGAAGCCAAAAACCUCAAAGUAAUAUUUAUUGAUAGAAGACAAUUUUUUUAUUAAUUUUGAAUAUAAUUUGUUUAUAUAGUUCAAAAAAUUAAACUACGUUCGUAUUUUUUAA